AUGGUUCAAGAUCUUUGGAAUAGCUACUCACAAUUGUCACAGAUAGGGGAUCAAGGCCAGUCAGGUGUGUCUCCUUUAAUUAAUCAGCCAACGGUGGAUAUCGAUAGAAUCCAAAUACAGCAAAUGCAGGAGUCCUUGGAAAAGAUGCAAGACAAAAUAAAAGGACUUGAACAUAAAAAUCAGCAACUGAAGAUUAUUGUUUGGGGUCUCUGCAAAUCGAUUUCCCGAUCCAAUGAAAGGAUAUCUCUUUUAUCUUCUAGAAUGGGUACUGUGUUUGUUACCUCAUUGAUUGCCUUUACUGCUGUCAUAUUCAUGGUCUUCCCACUCUUCAGUGGUCGUGAUCAAGAAUCAGUUAAAGUGAAAAUUCAUAAAUUCGGGCAGGGGCUUUCAGAGUUUGAUAUGGAUGACAAGCUGAUCGAAUUCAUGACAAAAUAUUCUGUGGGAAAAACAUUUGAAAAGGUUACUCUUUCAUCUCAUGCAGAUAUGCACAUUGUUCUUGCAGUGGGCUCUCCAUCAAGGGAUUUGAAAGACAGUUUGCCUCUGGACAUCUGGAAAGCCCAAUUUAAAACAAUUUUUGAAGGUAAAGGAAGUAUAUUGCUUAUCGUUCGUUUGACAAAUGGAGGUGACGUGUUUGCAUCACAAGGUGUGGAUGAGCUUAAUGAAAAUGAGAAAUAUGCUACGACAAUCUCUCAAAUAGCGUUUGACGUGCGUUCCAGUCAAUUUAAAGAAGUACUGAAUGGAAAUUUGCAUCAGCGAUUGGUUGAGCUAAUUUCCCUCUUAGAUGUGCAGUAA